GUUUUCAUUGCUAUUUUAUAUAAUUUUUUAAAUAUUUUUUUUUUCAAAAAAUAUGUACACUUUUGUUAAUUUCUUUUCUCAAAGUUUCUAUCAAAGUAAUCAAAUAAAUCCUAUUCCCACUCCACUUUCUUCACCAACUACUUCCUUCACUUUACAUGAAUGUACGGUUUGUAAGGCUUUAUACAGAAGUAAAUCUGGUUUAACACGACAUAAAACUAUUGUACAAAAAUACAAUACGCGGCAUGAAGGGUUGUAUACAUUACCUCUAGAAGCAAUAAACGAGUUCAAAGCACAGCUUGUUCACGUUAUUCAAGGACUGGCUGAAGCAGAUGCUAAUCAAGAAAGUCUUUCUGAUCAACAUGGUAAUCGGGUUCUAAAAAAUAGGCUAAAAAGAUUUAACUUGCCUAAAUUAACGGUUGAGUGGAAAUAUAAGAAAAGUAAAGAAGAUGCAAAAAAUAAUAGAACUUCGGCAGGAUAUAUUAAUUUAAAAUUUUGUGCACAACAAAUCUGA